AUGGUCCUUACACACAAAACCCAACUCGAGCCUUCAACAUUACUUAACCACUGCCUGCACCACCCCGCCAACUCACAGAAGCCAAAAAAGCUUCUCGAUCUGGUUGGGAAUACUAAUGCACCAAUUAGUGCCCUCACCACAAAGCACAAUACCAGUAUCAAACAGAUCAAGGCCCUAGCUGGGUUCCAUAAUAUUGUGAAGAAGAGUCGGGCCCCCAACAUCUUCAAUGUGCUUGUUCAUGCCAAGGCAUUGGAGAUAAAUCCUGUUACUAUCUCCAAUACGAUUAAUACGUCUCAAACUCAUCUACAACGAGCUUAUCAGAAACCCUUCACAUAUCAGAAACCCAGUGUUACCAGGCUUGCACAUUCCAAGCGUAACAAAACAAUCAUAUUCUACACCGUCAUUCCCACACUUUCUAGCAAAGGGACGCAAGGAAGAAAACCCACUACCAGGGCACAGACCAGAGCAGAACCUACUCAGACAGCCACACCCCCAGUGUCGUCAAGACAAGACAGAACAACAGCACCACCCCCUUUUCCCCAACCCGAUUCCACCAGACUUCAUACUAGAGAACAAGCAGACACAUUCAUCGAAGCUAGAACACAUUGGUUACAGUAUUACACGAGAAGUCACCCGCAGCUAAUACCCAGAACCCAACAUGAUCCCCCGGUCUCAGAAGAAGACAUCUACAACGAACAAGACUUUGAAGAAUUUGCCACAGAAGGCCAACCAGUACCACAUCCCACACCUCAGAUACUCCCCCCUGCACCCAACCCAUCUCCCAUUCCACCAACUAGCACCAUGUCCAACACCACAGCACCCAAACCUACUAAGUUUGGACAAAUAGACAAUUUUGAUGGAAUGCCCGACCGAGCCAACGGCUGGAUGUUGUCAGCCAAAGCAUACUUUGAUGUAAACGACACCAUUUACAACUCCAACAAAAAGAAGGCCUUCAAAGCCCUCUCCCACAUGAAGGAGGGAGCCACCCUAGUAUGGAAAGAGACCAAACUGACGGAAUACACCGGAUCGGGCAAAUACCCGAAAUGGGCGGACUUCAAAACCGACUUUAAUGGAACAUUCAUUACCGCGGAUGUAAAGGGAGCGGCCAGUGCAGCCCUUAUGACGAUGAAAAUGGAAACAGGAGAAACGGCAGUAAAGUUCAACUCCCAUUUCAUGGUAGACGCAGGAAAGAGCGGCUUAAACGACGAAGGACUAAUCAUGGUGUACAAAAGCUCCAUACGCCCAUACCUUCUUCAAAAUAUGCCAACUGGACAAACUCGAACAGCAUCAGCAAAGGAAAAUGGGGAAGGAAAGGAGAAAAGAAGAAAGAGGAGAAAGGAGGAAGAAGCAAAUCAUCCUCGGCAAAACAUUUAUCCAAAGAUGAAGAAGACUCGCUCAAAAGAGAAGGGCGAUACUUUAUAUGCAAAGAACAGGGACACAUCUCAUGGUUCUGUCCGGAAAAGAAGAAAGGAAAACAACCGGAUCAAAGGAUCAGAACGGCAGAAGUUGAAAAGGAUGAAGCCGAAACGGUGGUAG